UGCACCAAAAGCUGGUUGGCCAACCGCCAUUAAACACAAAAGAAGAAGAAUUUCGGAGAAACUCAGAUCUGUAAAGAAAUAUAUUUUAGUCGAAAUGGUUAAUCUCGGACUUAGUAAAGUUGAUGAUGCACUUGUAGCGAAACACCCGGGUUUGCAGCAGUAUGCCGCCUGCCAGUCGUAUGCCUUCAUGAAAGGCACAGCAAGCUUUCUGCUAGGCACAACCGGUUUAUUUUUUGUACAGCGAGCACUUCAGAAGAGAAUUUCGUAUCCUUUGCAGUGGAAUGUUUUAGUGUCUGUUGUUGCUUCAUCACUAUUUAGCUAUUCAGUAACACGCUGGGAAACAAGGAGGUGCUCAGAUUUGUGGUUAUUCCUUGAGACAGGAAAUGUUCCUGACAGCAGCUCUCUCAAGGAGGAGGAUGAGACUUCAACUCGUACAUCACCUGCCAAGCCAAAAGUCACACAAUAUGGAGAUGUCAUAGAAUGAACUCAAAAAUUCUGCAGUGAAUUUUACCUAUGUUAAUACUCAGAAUGGUCAAUUAAAAUUGUAUUUUUUCUGUAUUAAACUGAAGUUGAGUCAUUUUUGUUUGUG